GACUCACGUGACCGACGCGGGCUCUGAAGCGGUGGGCCGCACCGAGGCGGCGGCGGCGGCGGCGACUGCAGCUCGGGAGGUAGCGGCCUGACGAGGGACGGGCCGGCUGCCCUCUCGGACUGCCGCGGCGGAGGACAAAAAUGGCGGAGGCUUCGGCGGCCGGGGCGGACUCGGGCGCCGCUGUAGCCGCCCACCGGUUUUUCUGCCACUUUUGCAAGGGCGAGGUCAGCCCCAAACUACCGGAAUAUAUAUGUCCCAGAUGUGAAUCAGGCUUUAUUGAAGAAGUGACAGAUGAUUCCAGUUUUUUAGGUGGUGGCGGCAGUCGGAUAGACAAUAGCACAACAACACAUUUUGCAGAGCUUUGGGGCCAUUUGGAUCACACGAUGUUUUUUCAAGAUUUUAGACCCUUUCUAAGUAGCAAUCCACUGGACCAAGAUAAUAGAGCCAAUGAAAGGGGUCACCAGACUCACACUGACUUCUGGGGAGCAAGACCUCCACGGUUGCCAUUGGGUCGGAGAUACAGAUCUCGAGGAAGUUCUCGUCCCGACAGAUCUCCAGCUAUUGAAGGAAUACUACAACACAUCUUUGCAGGAUUCUUUGCAAAUUCUGCCAUUCCUGGAUCUCCACACCCUUUUUCGUGGAGCGGGAUGCUGCACUCCAACCCUGGGGACUAUGCCUGGGGUCAGACAGGGCUUGAUGCCAUUGUAACCCAGCUUUUAGGACAGCUGGAAAACACAGGCCCUCCCCCAGCUGACAAGGAAAAGAUCACAUCUCUUCCAACAGUGACAGUAACUCAGGAACAAGUUGAUAUGGGUUUAGAGUGUCCAGUAUGCAAAGAAGAUUACACAGUUGAAGAGGAAGUCCGGCAGUUACCUUGCAAUCACUUCUUUCACAGCAGUUGUAUUGUGCCAUGGCUAGAACUGCAUGACACAUGUCCUGUAUGUAGGAAGAGCUUAAAUGGUGAGGACUCUACUCGGCAAAGCCAGAACACUGAGGCCUCUCCAAGCAACAGAUUUAGCAAUGACAGUCAGCUACAUGACCAAUGGACUUUCUGAAGCUAAAGACCACACCUGAAUCAGGGCUGUGGUAAUCAUCUUACCAUAGCUGUAAAUUGUAUCAAAACAAAAAAUUAGUAGAUGGAUUUAGGAAUCACGUAAGAAACUCAACACAUAAUAUAAAUGCAAUGAAUGUUUUUCCUCUUUAAAUUUAAAGUUAGUAUCUACAGAUAGAAUUGUAUCUACAACCAAAUGCCUCUUAUCCCUGAAUUCAGAGUGAUAAUUUUAUAAGUGUGAAACUUAAUUAUGUAGGGCUCCCCCCAUCUGAAUAGAAUUAAUUCCUUAAAGUCUAGUUAGGGUCCUGCUGUCUGUCAUGUUGCCUUGUAACGGAUGUUUCCACCUCCUUCUCCAACCUCUACCCCACCAUUAGUGUAUUUUACUAUAAAAACAGUGGAACCACAGCCCUAAAGUCCUGCUGAUAUAAAGUCCUUUUGUCUUAAUUGUAUUUAAAAAAAAAAAAAAACUACUCUUGAUCACAUUAGCUAUGAGGCGAGGUCAAAUUCAGGAAUCUAAGACUAAUGAUUUUGUUUUGUCUUGAUCCCCAGAGAGCAAAUCAAAGAAAAAUUACAGCAAGAAGAGAAAAGUGGUUUAUCAUUGUGUGCUUUGGUUUUCUUAUUUUAAUUUUGUUUUGUUUUGUUUUUUUGAGAUGGAGUCUCGCUCUUUCGCCUAGGCUGGAGUGCAGUGGCACGAUCUUGGCUCAUUGCAACCUCUGCCUCCCGAGUUCAAGUGAUUCUCCUGCCUCAGCCUCCCGAGUAGCUGGGACUACAGGCAUUUGUUACCAUGCCCAGCUAAUUUUUUGUAUAUUUAGUAGAGAUGGGGUUUCACCAUGUUAGCCAGGAUGGUCUCAACCUCCUGACCUUGUGUUCCGCCCGCCUCAGCCUCCCAAAGUGCUGGGAUUACAGGCGUGAGCCACCGCGCCUGGCCUCUUAUUUUAAUUUUUAAAGACUACUUCAGUUGAUGUAGUUUCCCCAGAAACCUACAUAACAUAUACUGGGAGCCUUAUGUUGGUAGGAAUCUGAUUCCCAUUCCUUUUUGGGAAUGAGUUGGGCAGCAUACAGGCACAGAAAGACAGAUGUUUGAGAUCUUUGCUUCUGAGAUUUUAAAAAAUGAUUCCCGCUGGGCGCGGUGGCUCACGCCUGUAAUCCCAGCACUUUGGGAGGCCGAGGCAGGCAGAUCACCAGGUCAAGAGAUCAAGACCAGCCUGACCAACAUGGAGAAACCCUGUCUCUACUAAAAAUAGAAAAUUAGCUGGGCGUGGUGGUGCAUGCCUGUAAUCCCAGCUACUCGUGAGGCUGAGGCGGGAGAAUCGCUUGAACCCAGGAGGUGGAGGUUGCGGUGAGCCGUAUCACACCAUCGCACUCCAGUCUGGGCAACAAGAGUGAAACUCCAUCUCAAAAAAAAAAAAAAAAAAAAAAAAAUCCCCAACUCAUUGAUUUUUUUUUUUUUUUUGCUGUCGCCUAGGCUGGAGUGCAGUGGCACGAUCUCAGCUCACCACAGCCUCGACCUCCCAGGCUCAAGUGAUCCUCCCACCUCAGCCUCCCAAGUGGCUGGGACUACAGGCGUGUGCCACCAUGCCUGGGUAAUUUUUGUAUUUUUGUAGACAUAGGGUUUUGCCGUGUUCCCCAGGCUGGUCUCAAACUCCUGGGCUCAAGCGAUCUGCCUGCCUCAACCUCUCAAAGUGCUCAACUCAUUGUUUACUGUCUUUUUUCCUAGUAAUCUUAAAAUAAUUUGCCUCACAGAAAUAGAGACAAUAAGUGUCUGCAGCCAGUUCACUGUUUUUGGUAAUUCAUUGGUCUUCAGGAGUUAAGAUUUUACAUUGUCACAUUUUAAUUUUUAAGCCUAUUUUUCAUCUCCGAAACUUUCCUUUUCUCCUUGGUUCUGGCUAUACUUGGACUCAAACUGAUCAGUGUGAUCAUGUCCAAAACAGCUUGGCCUGGGAGAGGUAGGCCUUAUUUUUUCAGCCUAGUAGUGUCCCAUGCACAUGCUCUUUGUAGCAUUCAAGUGUUUAACAUUGGAUAAAUUAAGAAGGUGAAAAAUGUUGUUGAAACUUCAAGGUCUCAAAAGGAAAUGAUGGGGACAUAGAACAGCUGUUGGUGUACCAAAAAAAAGGUACAGAGGGGCACCAUUUGUAUUGUCACAUCAACAAUGAUCAGAAUGAUCAGUUUAGAAUGAUCAGAACAAAAACACCACUCUUUAAUGGGUCUUUUUCUUGGCUAGAAGUCUUUCCUCAGUUUUUGUUGACUAUCAUACACUGAUUUGUGGGUGACGGAAGGGGGCUAGAGAUAACGUUUCUCUGUACUUUGGUAGAGGAUGAAGGAGUCAGAGAGGGAAAAGAAAAAGUGAGAGAGUGGCCUGCUGAAAUAAUAGCCUGCCUCUAAAAGUUGUGACCAGAAAGUAUGAUUCAUUUGGGCCCAGAGGGAAUAAAAUAUGUUUUUUCAUAUACCUCCCAUAUUACACCUCUGUAGUGAUUGUUUAUUUGGGGAAUGAGAUCUACUUACUGUGCGUUGCCCCUGAAAUGUAGCUUGAGAAUACACACUGGUUUUGAAUUGGGGAGGAGGACGGAAGGAAAUUAGAGGUGUAUUAUGAAUAUUUCGCCACUACUUAGAUGGAGGAAGGCUAUGUUGAACUUGGGACACAUUGCAGUUUUCAAAUACACAAUAUCAGUUGUCUCAGAAAAAUUAUGACAGCCUGGACAUAUUUGCUUGUCAGUGUCUGGAGAUGCCAGGACAGGCAGUUGUAGUUUUACUUACAGCUAGAGAACCAAUGCCUAGAGAACUAGAAAGGAUCUGAGUAGAUUUAAAAAGGGUGGAAAUAAAGUACUGGAUAGGGGUCUGCCUUUUUAUGCACAGUAUAGCAAACAGCAUCAGACAAAGUUACAUGAAAUUUUCUUCACUUUUUUUGCUCUGAUGGAUAGAGGGUGUGAGACUCAUUUUGCUGUUUCUCAGACCUGUCCCACUUAAUGGAUCUGUUGUGUUUCUUCUUAUAAUGGGAGGCACCUCAGAUGUCCAGGUUAAUUUAUGUUGAGGAGUUAGGAUUCUUCAGGGAUUUAUUAUUAUUAUUAUUUAUUUUUUAUUUAUUUAUUUUUUGAGAUGGAGGCUUGCUCUGUCGCCUAGGCUGGAGUGCAGUGGCACAAUCUCAGCUCACUGCAACCUCUGCCUCCUGGGUUCUAGCGAUUCUUCUGCCUUAGCCUCCCAAGCAGCUGCGAUUACAGGCACCUGCCCCCAUGCCCAGCUAAUUUUUUAUAUGUUUAGUAGAGACAAGGUUUUACCUUGUUGGCCAGGCUGGUCUUGAACUCUAGACCUCAGGUGAUCUGCCUGUCGUGGCCUCCCAAAGUGCUGGGAUUACAGACGGGAGCCACCAUGCCCAGCCUGAGAUUUAUUAUAAGCAAUUCGUUCGCACAAUUAUGCAGUUUGAGAAGUCCUAAGAUCUGCAGUGGGCCAGCUAGAGAUCCAGGAGAGCUGAUGGUGUAGUUCCAGUCUGAAAGCCAGCUUGGAUACCCUAGAAGAGCUGAUGUUUCCGUUCCAGUUCAGAGGCAGGAAAAGACUGAGGUCAGGCAGGAGGACUUCUCCCUUACUUGUUCUAUUCAGACCUUCAACUGAUUGUAUGAGGGCCACUUACAUUAGGGAGGGCCAUGUGCUGUAUUCAGUCUACUGAUUGAAAUGUUAGUCUCUUCCAAAAACACCCUCACAGACACACCCAGAAUACUGUAUGACCAAAUAUCUGGGUAUCAUGUGGCCUAGUCAAGUUGACACAUAAGAUUAACCAUCACAAUGAGGAAAAACAGAAAUGAUACAUGUAUACAGAGUGCUCCUCAUCCCACUUAAGUUUCACCAAGUUAAUAAUGUGUCUCUAUGAGAAGUGGUUCACCAUGUUGGCCAGGCUGGUCUCAAACUCCUGACCUCAGGUGACCCACCCGCCUCGGCCUCCCAAAGUGCUGGGAUUACAGGUGUGAGCCAGCACGCCCAGCCGACAGGUGCUUCUUAAAUGUUUUCUUUGAGCAGGAAUUGGUCCAGGAAUUGGUUCUCGAGUUAGAAGGAAAAUUUGAGGGGAAGAACUUGUUUUUUCUCCAAUCAGUCUCUGAUUAAAUAGUUAUUAGGAAAAACUCCUUGUUUAUGUCUUUGUAUUGCCCAUUUUUAUAUAUGUAUAUGUAUGUAAAUAGAGAUAUUUAUAUAUUCACAGACAAACACAUGUAUGCACAUUUCACCAUGGAGGAAGAAGGGAUAUGGUGUGCACUGAGGUAAAGUGAGCAGGGAUACAGAAGAGGCCUGGAGCCUCACAGUCUGAUUCUCUCAUGUUACAUAACCUUUAGGGUCUUUGUUUCCCUGAGUUCUCUGGUAUGCGGCACUGUUGGCCUGGGCUGGUGCCCUGUUAUGCUCUGUGAUGAAGGGAUUCACUGGAGGUAAAAACCUAAUCAUUUCCAAAGGUUGAGAAUAAAUGACUUUGAGGAAAGGGUGUUCAUCAUCCAUUGCUUCUAUAUUAUAAUCAGUUGAACUACAAUACAGUUAUCUAUUGAUUUUUUUAAAUUUUUCUGACACAUUAUUGACACCAAAUUGAAUAAUUCAUGACCUGCAUGCUUCAGCUUCUUUCUCCCUGGUUUCCAGGUGCUAUUCCCUCAAGAAAUGCAAAUUAAAUAUGUCGGUCUUAAUAAAUCAGGAGGGAAGCAUAGUCUGUGUCUGUUUUAAAUGACAACAACAACAAAACAGCUUUGGGGCUUAAGAAUUGGAAGACACAUUUUUAUUUUUUUGAGGCACAAUCUCACUCUUUCGCCCAGGCUGGAGUGCAGUGGCGUGAUCUCAGGUCACUGCAACCUCCCCGUCCUGGGUUCAAGCGAUUCUCUUGCCUCAGCCUCCCAAAUAGCUGGGAUUACAGGCACGUGCCACCAUGCCCAGCUAAUUUUUGUAUUUUUAGUAGAGACGGGGUUUUGCCAUGUUGCCCAGGCUGGUCUCAAACUCCUGACCUCAAGUGAUCACCCAUCUCGGCGUCCCAAAGUGCUGGGAUUACAGGCAUUAGCCACCGCACCCAGGUGAGAAGACAGAUUUUAAGAGAAGGAGCAGGGCUGGUAUCUGAGUAGGUAUUUGGAUGUUAGGGGAAAACCCUUUUUGGCCUCUGUGGUAGAGAGAUUGGAAGAUAAAAGCGCUGUUUACAAGAAUAAUCCAUUGGAGAUCUGGGGAUUGGGGACGACUUACAGGAUAGAGUACUCUUGUUGAGAAUUUCCCGAAUGAAUCUCAUGUAGGUUCUGUCACAGUAAGAUGGAGGAAAACUUUGAUGGGGUAAGUAUCACAAGUAGCUGUCCUAUAGGGGGAAAUCCUAGCCUGCAGUAGUGUCAGUGUCUCAGUAUUCAGCCGGGGAGCCACUGAGCUGCUCCAGGGGUUUAAAAUAGAAUGCAUAGAAUACAUUGUAUACAGCAGGUGAUGCUUUCCAGGAUCAAAAUAGAGCCCUUGUCUGAUCCCAGUGACAUUGUAAGGUUUCGAUCUCUCAUACCUGCCACAGACAAGUACGUUAUAGGCAUUCAACUUUUAAGGUUUUAUAUGUGCAUACUUUAUGUUUUCCUGCCAAACUACAUGUGGUGUCCACAGAAGUGUAGUUUGUAUGUUGCCCCUUCUUCCUCUUUCAACCAGAACACUUAGAUCUGUGAUCAUAGGAUGUAAGCCUCUGAUUCUUUACUUUUUCUAAUAAGAAAUACAAUUUUCCAGGUCCAAAAAUUACUAGAUUCUUGACUGGGCAUGGUGGCUCAUGCCUGUAAUCUCAGCAUUUUAAGGCUGAGGCACGCAGAUCACUUGAGGUCAGGAGUUUGAGACCAGCCUGGGCAACACAGUAAAACACCAUGUCUACUAAAAAUACAAAAAUUAGCCAGGUGUGGUGGCAUGCACCUGUAGUCCCAGCUACUCGGGAGGCUGAGGAGGGAGAAUCGUUUGAACCCAGGAAGCAGAGGUUGUAGUGAGCCAAGAUUGUGCCACUGCAGUCCAGGGCAACAGAGAGAGACCCUGUCUCAAAACAACAAGACCCCAAAUUAUUAGAUUCCCUUCCAACAACAUGAUAGCCAUAUUAUUAGUAUUUUUGAUUAAAGAAUAUGUAACAAAAAGCUGCUAUGAUUUCAGUAAUACUUUUAAGUCAAUUUAUCUUUAUUAGUCACACCAGAAUCUACAUCCAAUUGAAAUAUAGUAUAUACAAAUAUUUGAAAGAUAUUUAUUCAGGCUGAAGAUUAUGGUAUAUAGAUUCCUUCUGAUAACCUCAUGGCCUCACAGGUUCAAAACCCAUGGUUGUGAAUCACUCAUAUAGAUUGGGGCUAAGAUGCGUGUCCAGAAAACUACCUAUUAUGCAUGAAAUUUGUAGGCUUAUUGGAAGUCAAUUGUAUCAACACAUUUUGGAAGCCAAGACACAAGUAUUUUAAAUUUCUGUUUAACCAAGUCUUGAGAUAAGCAGAGUAAAUAAACUCUUUAGAAGCAAGACUCAGUUGGUAUGUACAAAGUGUGAUUGCUUUGUAUAUAUUCUGCUUAGUUCGAGUCAGAGCUAGUAAUAUGAUGCUCUUAAAUGUCUUCAUAAGACAUUUAAGCAGUGAUCAUGUUUCCUUUCUGUGAUUAUGUGUCAGAUUUUUAUAUGUGGACUAUAAUUAGUAUAGUACAAUGGCUGAAACCUUUCCUAUAGUUGGAUAUAUCUUCUUUCUGAGACUUCCAGUGAUUGUCUAAUGUUGAGUAGCUCCAGAAGAUUAUUUGUAUAGUAAAAACAAAAGACAUCUCUACCUAUGUGAGUUUAUUAUUUAGUUAGAAACACAGGACUAACAUAUUUAAAACAGAGAAAGAUUAAGAUGAAUGUGAUGUAGUGGAGAAAGCUUUGGAGACUUUUGAGUCAGAAUUCAAACGGCUCUAGGUUCCAAAUCCAGACACUCAUUUUGAUUCCCAGAACAAUCCUGUGGAAAGAGAAGAUACAGUAGGCAAUAUCCCUUUUUACAGAUAGGUAAACAGAAAUAGCAUCUCAAAACCUCAUUUGCACUGGGUGCAGUGGCUCACGCCUGUAAUCCCAGCACUUUGGGAGGCUGAGGCGGGCGGAUCACUUGAGGUCAGGAGUUUGGGACCAGCCUGGCCAACAUGGUGAAACCCCGUCUCUACCAAAACCAAAAAUUAGCCAGGCAUGGUGGUGCAUGCCUAUAGUCCCAGCUACUUGGGAGGCUGAGGCAGGAGAAUUGCUUGAACCCGGGAGGUGGAGGUUGCAGUGAUCCGAGAUCGUGCCACUGCACUCCAGCAUGGGCCACAGAGUGAGACUCCAUCUCAAAAAAAAAAAAAAAAAUUCAUUUGCCCAAUGACAAAUAGCUGGUAUGUUGUAGAGCCAGAAUUUGAAUCCAGGUCUUUUUGACUUCAUGGCUAGUCCUUUUAUCUCCAUAGGAUAAAAUCCUUAGUUUGAGGUUCAAGACUAUCACUAAUAAGGGUCUUCCUCAUCUACUUCAGCCAUAUCUCUUUCCGUUCCCACAAACCUUAGCUCCCACAUUUGGCAAGUCCUUGCCAAGGAGCACAGGUAAAGUGUCUCUUUCCUUUUAAUGGCUCACCAUGGAGCUGUAGCUAAAUUUCUGUGCUCUUAACCCCUUUAUUCAUGUAGUUGCUCCUAUCAGGAAUAUCCUGCCCACUCUCUGCUUAACUGUGACAAGAGGUCAUCUGUCCAAAGAGAAAGAAGAGAGUUUGUGGAUUUAGGAGAAAAGACUCCAAAUACUGCUAUGGGCAUUUAUUUAAAAAGAGAAAUGACCAAAGAGAUUAACAAGUAUUUAGUUGAAGCUGGGCAGUGGUAGUCUGUGGUGCUCCUGGUCUGCACAAAUCUUCUUCAGCAGUGCUGUGUGGAUGUUGUUGAAUGUUGAGGUCUGUCUGCAUUUCCUCAUUUUCAUGCCAAGUCAGUCACUGAGUCUGGCUGUCUUCCUUUCUGUCCUACCUAUCUUUGCUUGUUUUGUCUCUCUUUCCUUUAUAGUGUUAAAUAAAAAUUUAUUCCCCCAAAA